AUGAAAAAAGCUUCUUUGAUAUUUAUUUUAAUUUUUUUUCUAUUUAUGAAAAACGUAGUAAAUAUAGAAAUAAGAAAAAAGGGUUAUGAUUUAAAACAUAAUUAUUUAAAAGCAAUUGCACAUCAAUCAAAUAAAUGGAGAUUAAUAUAUUCGAGCAUAAAGUUUAAUAAUUCGAAUAAUUUAAAUAAUGAAAUAAAGAAAAUACAUAUCUCUGAAAAAGAGAUAAUUAAAGAAAAAUUAAAUAAAAUAAAGAAAAUUAAAAAUGUUUUAAAUAAAUAUAAUCUAAAAAUAUAUAAAGGGAAGGCUAAAUAUUUUAAAACAAAAGCAAGACAACUAGUUUUAUACAAAUAUAAUUUAGUAAAGAAAUAUAUUAUUUUAAUAAUAAACAGAUGGAAACAUAACAUUAUAAUAUAUACAAAAAAAUUUACAAAUUAUUCUAAUAUAAUAUUUUACAAUUUAAAGAAAAAGUUUGCUCUUCAAAAUAACAUGCUAUACGUAUAUAUUGAAAAUCUUCCUUUUUUAAAUAAAAGAACUUUGUCAAAGUUAAUAAGUUAUAAUUCUGUUAAUUUACUAUUUUUAUUAUUUACUUUCUUGUAUUAUAAAAGUGAUUAUAUUUACAAAUUUUUAAAAAGAAAAUAUGCUUUUAUAGGAGAAUUCAAAAACAUUAAAACAGAAAAGUAUAUAAAAAUACAUACUUUGUCUACUUUGUUUUUUUUCUUUUAUAAAUUUUUUGUUCUCAGACUUUUAUUUAUUCUUAAUUCAUAUAAUUUUUUCUCAAGAAGAUUAUAUGUAUUAAACAAUAUCUUACAUUUUAUUUUUUUUUCAUAUAUAUUUAUUUUCCCUUAUUUUCUUGUUCAAGCUAACUGGGGAAGUUUUCAUUUAAUUGAUUCUAAGAAAAGUAAACUUUUGGGAAGUAUUUUUUUAUUUCAAUUGCUUUUAAUUUAUAUUAGACUAAUUUUUCAAAAUAAUUUAAUGUUUAUGAAAAAGUGGACAGAUGAAGAAUUUUUUAAUAAAGAUGAAUUAAUUAAAAAUAUAAAAAAUAAUAGAAGAAUUGAUUUUUACGUCAGUUUAUUAAAUCAAUAUCAUUUUUUAAAAAAGCUUUAUAUUGGAAAUAACAAAUUUUAUGAAAUUAUUUUAUAUUUACAUAAAUAUAAAUAUCUAUUAGAUAUUAUAUUUCCAAUUAAUAAUUUAUUUUAUAUAUAUAUAGCUCAUUCUAUUUAUUUUUAUUUAAACAACUUGUCAUAUGCUGGUAUUUACAUAUCCUCCUUUUCCUUUAUUCUUUUACUUAUCAAAAUAAUUUCUAAUAAAAUAGAUAUGUAUUUUUUAACAAAACCUAUUUAA